UCAUCCGCUGCCGCAGCGGCAGCAGCAGCAGCUGCAGUGGCCAAUAACAAUAACAACGUUGCAUUCAUAAAUCAUAACAAUAGCAAUGCCGGCAGCAACAAUAUAAACAGCAGCUUCAGUCACGGUAGCAAUUUAUUAAAUCACACCAGCAGCAGCAACAACAAUAGCAGUGAAAAUUAUGGCAAUGAAUUAUUGCAGAGUUAUAGUCAAAUCGGUGCUAAUGCCAUACCUGGCGGAGGUGUGGGUAAUGCCGCUGGUGUAGGUAGCAGUGCUGGUUUAUUCUAUAAUGCAAAUAGUCUAAGUGCAAGUAGCAAUAAUGUCGCAAAUGCUUCUUCAACAGCAGUUGAUUACAAUUUAACAACGAAUGUUGCAAAUGGUUUCAUGUCUGCUGCACCAGCAACAAAUGUCAAUUCAACAACGAUGCUAUCAAAUUAUUGUGAUGCUGCCAUGAUGAUGGCUGCAGCAGCUGUCAAUGCAAAUCAAUGUUUGCAACAACAUCAUCGUUUAAUACUUGAAAUGUCACCAAAUGCAAUUGCGACAAGCACUAAUAAUGCAACUGGGCAUACUAAUGCAACAGCAACAGCAACAACUGCAGCAACAUUAUCAUCUGCAACAUCAGCGUCAACAUCAACAGUGUCAUCGGCGCUGUCGUCUGCAUCAUCAACAACAUCAACAAUGUCCUCGUCUGUUGCUGGCAUUGCUACUGUUGGACAACAACAAACUGAACUGCCGAAGUUACAUCAAAUGCCGUCGCCGCCAAAUUUAAUUGAUAUCAGCGAAGUUCCUCUCAUUGUGGAUGUCAAGUAGUGUAAUUUUAUUAGAUUCAAAAAAUAUAUAUAAACACAAAAAACAAAAAAAUUAUAAAAAAAAUCUCAAAAGUCUAAGAAAUGAAAUUUUUUAUAAACUAUAGCAUAAAUUUUAUACUUUAUUAUGUAAAUGAAAAUUCUUUUUCUGUUUUAGUUAGGGUGUUAAUUUUUCGUUUUAACUGUAAUAAUAAUGUAUAUAAACUCAUAUGAAACAAAUUAUUUAUUGCAAGUAAAGAUAAUGAAAUGUAGUUACUCCACAACUGAAGUCAAAAAUUUUUUCACUGAUUUUUUAUUAAAUGAAAGUAUCUAAUUUAUAUAUCAGAAUUAUUUAACUGUGAACUUCUUGAAGUUAAAAGCUGCUGCGUAAUAUAAAUAUACACCAUUGGAAGGAUCUUUGCCUAAGAAUAUUCUCACAUAUUGAAGCUAAAGACUGCUCUGUAACAUAGCGCCGAAGCAACAUAGUAUCUAUGGCAUUUUUAAGAUUUGACAAAUUUAAAAAGUAUCUAAACGAAGCAAUAUCACUCGUAGUUAAGAAACACUAAUUCGAGUGCCAAAUUAACAUCAGAUACAAUUGUUAAUUUUUAGGAGAAUUUACUACGUAUCUAAGCAAACUUGUUAAUUUCUUUAAGUUUAUGAGUAUUCUCUGAUUUUCUUCAUAUGCUUAGUAUGAAGUAUAAUUUAUAUAUUCUCUACAUUCAUACCACUUUAAAGUGUUAAUAUAAUUAUUUUAAAAUUUUUGACUUCAGUUAACAUAUCCUUUAAACUAAUGUU